AUGGAUCCCCCGGGAGGUGAAGGACCGGAUCCUGGAGAACAUCAACCUGUCCGUGAAGAAGUUACAGAGUUACUUUGCUGCAUGUGAGGAUGAGACGCCCGCCAUUCGCAACCACGACCGCGUCCUGCAGAGGCUCUGCGAACACCUGGACCACGCGCUGCUCUACGGGUUACAGGACAUCUCCUCGGGGUACUGGGUGCUGGUCGUCCAUUUUACCCGACGGGAGGCCGUGAAACAAAUCGAGGAACUGCAGCAUGUGGCCACUCUCCUGGGCCGCAGUCGGGCCUGGCUGUAUUUGGCGCUCAAUGAGAAUUCCCUGGAGAGUUACCUGAGAUUGUUCCAGGAGAACCAAAGUCUGUUACAGAAAUAUUACUACAAGAACGCCCUGGUGUGCAGCCAUGACCAUCUCACCCUGUUCCUCACCCUCGUCUCUGGCCUGGAAUUUAUCCGCUUUGAGCUGGAGCUGGAUGUCCCGUACUUGGAUUUGGCGCCGUACAUGCCGGAAUACUACAAGCCGGAGUACCUCCUGGAUUUUGAGGACCGCCUCCCCAGCAACACCCGCGGUUCCGACAGCCUGUCCCUCAAUUCCUUCAACUCCAUCAACUCGGCCAACCUAGAGUGGGACGACAGCGCCAUCGCGCCCUCCAGUGAAGACGGGGACCUCCACGAUGGCAGCAGCUUCCCCGGCCCGCCGCCAUUUGUGCUCCACCGCCCCAAAUCACAAACGAGGAGCUCAAUGCAUCGGCACAACCCGUUCACACAAGAUCUGUCGUCUUCUGAUGUCACCUCAGGGCCCGGCACGGCGGCAGAUACACCCGACACAAGCGACCCCAUCACCCAGGACUCCGAGGUCGACGUGACGUCCCUGGACACCACCCUGUCCUAUAACCAGCCCCUGAGGGCCACCGAGCCGGCCUCCGACAGCACCGACCUCAGUACUCAGGAUGUGAUUGAUGGCCUCUCUACCUCCGACUCGACUCCGGUGCACAACACGGCCAAGAGGAGAGGAGCGAAACACCACCUUCACCACGUAUACGGAGAACAACGCCGAGCUGGAGGUCAUCAGGAUGGUAAGGAAGAAGCGAAGUGGAAAGCGUAAGAAGGGGCGAUCGGAGGACAGCACCCAACGUCCCCUCCUUAGUACUUCAGAGCCCGAGGACCCGGACCCCGAGCACAAGUCCAUCUGUAACGGGGAACUGGAAGAGAAGCCGGCAGAUCUCACCGAACCGGCCCUCCCGCCUGGCCAAGAUGCAGGACACAUCCAUGGAGAGAGUGGGGCAACCUCUCACGGAGGUCAUAGAGAAGCUGAACGGCCAAUUGGACCCUCAGAGCUGGUCCUGUAACCCAGAAGCCACUGACCAUUCCUUUCGGACCUGCUCCCCGGGGCAGACCCCCGGCGAUACCCGAAGCCCGGACGAUAGCAAGGGCUUGCAGGAUCCCAUGGACUUCUACUACUUUACCCCAGAGAGUCCAAACUCUCUUGCAACAGGUGGUGGCGACCAUGACUCUCCAGGCCAGAGCCAACCAACACAUGUUUUUGGUGGCCUGAGGAUGUUGGACAAGCGGAGGAGGGAGGAGGGGGAGAGACUUCAGCUAAAGGAUCCUUAGAGGAGCACUCCGGCCAGACCCUGCUGACUACCAGCUCUGGUGGGAAGGAGAGUCCCAGCCUAAGUAUUGCGGAGGACUCUGGAGUGGAGGAGGGGCAAGGCAGCCCCACAGAUGCCCCCCAUCCUUGUGAAUUCAGGGUGGACAAUAACCUUCUUCUGCUCCUGAUGAUUCACGUGUUUCGGGAGAACGAGGAGCAGCUGUUCAAGAUGUUCCGGAUGAGUACGGGUCACAUGGAGGGGGAUCUGCAGCUGGUCUACAUUCUUCUCACCGACUGUUACAUCUAUUUCCUGAGGAAAGGUGCCGCUGACAAACCAUACAUGGUGGAGGACGCCGUCUCCUACAAUGAACUAGAUUACAUCUCCGUUGGUCUUGACCAGCAGACGGUGACGAUAGUCUGUACCAACAGGAGGCGCCAGUUCCUGGUGGACACGGCGGACAUUUCCCUGACUGAGAUCUUCAUUGCUGCACUGAAAUCCGCCAUGAUAAACGGGUGCCGAGAGCCGCCUUACCCCGGUGUUCUUACAGAUGCCACCAUGGAGAGACUGGCACUUGCCAAAUUUGUGUCUCUGGAAUCCAAGCGAGAGGCCUCGGAGGUGGCGAUGCUGUACUACGGUCUGGUUCACUGGGAAGACCCUCUGGAUGAAGCCGUUGGGUCGUUCAGUUCUCACUCAUCCAGAGAUCAGGUUGUAUCGAAGGAGGGGGUCCUGCAUUACAAGGCCAGCACCUCCUACCUGGGCCGUGAGACCUGGAAAGCCUGCUAUGUCGUCCUCAGUAAUGGCGUCCUAUACCAGUACCCCGACAGGACCGAUGUCACCCCCAUGCUGUCGAUCAAUCUGGGGAGUGAACAAUGCGGUGGCUGCCGCCGGGCCAACUCUACAGAGAGAGCGCACUCCUUCCAGAUCAUCCUGACUGAGCAGCCUUCCCUGGAACUGAGCGCCGCCAACGAUGAGGACAUGGCGGACUGGAUGCAGCAUCUGUGCCAGGCUGUCUCCAAGGGGGUGAUUCCUCAGGGUGGGGUCCCCUCUGCCUGCCUCCCCUGCUGUCUGGUCCUGACUCAGGACAAAGUCAUCACGUGUCACCAGGACUGUCAGACCAGCUUCUUCCGGGCCCUCGGCAUCACUGAGCUGACAGAUCUGUCCUCUCUGGGCACGGUGGAUGGCAAGGAGUAUUGUGUCAUGGAGUUCACGCAGGAGCGCAGUCACUUCCUCCCGCCCUGGGUGAUGUAUUUUAGCUGCAGAACGGAGCUGGACAGGUUCAUCUCCACCGUGCGAGCGGCAUGGAGGUCCAUCUAUCAGGUGGAUCUCCCCUCACACGUUGAUCCCGGAGUCCUCGGUGAAGAAGUGCGAGGACGCGCUGUCCCUCAUCCACAGUGCCUGGCAGCGCAGUGACAGCCUGUGCCGGGGCCGCUCCUCCCGGGACCCGUGGUGCUGA